GGGAGAACUCCUGGAGGAGGAAGAGAGCAGGAGAACACACACAGGUUCAGACUGCAGGGCUGAAUACUCGCAGUGGUGCACUUGGAGGACAGUUUGGAGCCAGCUAGACAAGCAAGCCAUGCCAAAGUGAUACUGGACUAACAGAGAGAGUGGAACUAUGUGUUAAGGAUUGUCUGUGGAAGUCUUAACUACCAGGAGCCCACUGAUAUUCUUCUUCGGCUGUUAGAGGAAGUUGUUUUGGCAAUGGGGAGGAAGAAGAUCCAGAUCACCCGGAUCAUGGAUGAGAGGAACCGGCAGGUGACCUUCAUGAAGAGGAAGUUCGGUCUGAUGAAGAAGGCCUAUGAGCUCAGCGUUCUGUGUGACUGUGAAAUCGCCCUCAUCAUCUUCAACAGCUCCAACAAGCUGUUCCAGUAUGCCAGCACCGACAUGGACAAAGUCCUCCUGAAAUACACAGAGUACAACGAACCCCACGAGAGCAGAACCAACUCGGACAUUGUCGAGGCUCUGAACAAGAAGGAGCACAGAGGCUGUGACAGCCCUGACGCUGACGCCUCCUACAUCCUCACGCCCAACACUGAGGAGAAAUACAAGAAGAUAAAUGAAGACUUUGACAACAUGAUGAAGAGUCAUAAAAUUUCCACUGGCCUACCACAGCAGAACUUCAUGCAUGGCAGCAUGGCGUACAGCGUCGGUGCAGGAGGAGGAGGAGGAGGAGGAGCGACCUCCCAAGCUCUCGCUGCAGCCACAGCAGCUCUGGCUGACAGUGGGAUCCUCUCCUUGCCUCACACACACCUCCACCGAAACAUAAACCCUGCACAAAGACCUCCGAGCUCUGGACACGCAGGUGGCCUGCAGGGCAGUUCUGAUAUGGUUCUGCAAAAUGGGUCUGGACCAGUUGUGAACGGUUUUGUGGGCUCACCUGGUGGAGGCAGCUUGGGGAAGAUCCUACCACCCAAAUCUCCUCCUCCUCUUCCACCUACCAGCCACAAGACAGACCUCCGAGUGGUCGUCCCUCAGUCCAAAGGAAUGAUGCAGACACUGAGUAACCAGCGGCUGAGCAGUCAGUCCAGCCAGCCUCUGUCCACCCCAGUGGUCUCCAUCACCACACCCAGUCUGCCUCACCAGAGUCUGAUCUACUCCGGCAUCAGCUCUGCCUACAACAACGAUUACUCCCUGAAUAGUGCCGAGCUGUCGGGCUUCAGCUCCCCUGCAGGACAUUCUUUGGGCUCCAUGGUGGCAUGGCAGCAACACCAGCUGGGCUCACUGAAUUCUGUGGGCUCCAAUAUCUCCAUCAACACCAACCACAACGUCAACAUCAAAGCCGAGCCGAUCUCCCCGCCCCGCGACCACCUCAGCCAAUCAGGGUACAUGACCCAGGCUCAUGCUCUUCCUCAUCCUCACUCAUCCACCAGAGCAGAGAUGGGGAGGUCUCCUGCAGACAGCGUCUGCUCCUCCUGCAGCUCCCACGAGGGCGGCGGCAGCGACCGGGAGGAGCAGCAGCGGCUGGACUUCCACACGCUCCCUAUGAGUCGCUCAGAGGACAUGGAGAGUCCAGCAAUGGUCAAACGGAUGCGAAUGGACAGCUGGGUGACAUAAACCCUACAGUCACACGUCGACACAACACCAGGGUGAACACAGGAAGGACACUGUUGUGCAAAUGAAAUGUGUAUUUCUUUGUAUUAUUGAUGUGUUCUGUUAUUUUUUUAAUAAGUUUUGUUUGUUUUUUGCGGUUAGAUUUUUUUCAGAAGAGUUGAGCAAAAUUUGUCUGAAACUUUUGGAUCUGUGAGAAUAAUUUCAUCAACUUUCUUCCAUGGUACUUAAAGGAAUACUUACCAUACCACAAAAUGAUCAUUUGCAUAUGAAUCACUCACCCCAUGUUACCUUGAAUUCUUGAAAAAGAAUGUGUCCUUGCAUGCCCCACGGUAAACGAAGUAAAUGGGGGCCACGUUUAACAACAGCCAACUGUAUCAAGCACCUUACUGUUAAAACAUUUCCGCAUUAGCAGUCUCAGGCUGUCACAGGCGCACUGCUCAUUCUUGCGAGUCCGAAGUGUUUAAAGUUAGGAUUUAGCCAAAAUGCAUGUGUGUGUGAAGUAGUGAGCAUUGACAGGACUUUUCUCUACGUUUUAAUUCUUCCUUCACCGUGGAGGCAUGUGAGAAAAACAAAGUUCUCUUCAAGAAUUCAAGGUAACAGAAUGAGUACUUGAUAUGGGAAAGGUAAUUUUGUGGGUGAAGUAUUCUUUUAAAACAUAACAUGCCGUCCUUUUAAAAUAUUACUCAUUCAAGCAUCACAGACUGAUAAUGUGGGUCCAAUUGCAGUACAAUCUGUCAUUUUCUCAUCCAGCGGGACGCAGUACUGUACACAGAAGACUCUAAAAAGUCUUGUGGCUUCAUGAUGUUGGUGGUAAAGCAGUGAAAUGCUUCUGGUACGUCCCACUGGGUGUCACCCGAUUAAUUUCUGAUCUUCUCAGGGUUUGAAACAUUGAAGGAGUUCAACAUAAAAAGCAAUACCCCCUCCACAUCCUCCCUGUUACUCCUAUUUAUACAGAAAAAACACUUAUUUAUAUCAGCCAAAACAGUAUGCUGUUUUUAUGUUGUUUUGUGUUUUAUAUUGUGCACAGAAUAAGACAAUAUUUCAUUCAGAUUUCAAACUGAAAGCCAUGGACACUUGUUCUGUAUGUACUACCAAAAUAUGUCAUUAUUGUUUUGUAUAUACUAUCUUUAAUAUAUAUCACUUUUGGUGUCACUCUA